AUGCUUUUCAAACUCUGGGCUAGCAUUCUGAUCACUCUUUUUGGAAUUUCUGUGAUAGCUGCAUUUCUUAACCGCAAGAAAGAUCAUCGGCCUCUUCCUCCAGGGCCCCCACGGAAGCCUCUGGUCGGGAAUUUGGGUGAUUUGCCUAGACCAAAUGACCAAGAAUGGCAAUAUUGGCUUAAACAUAAGGAUCUAUAUGGACCUAUUAGUUCCCUCACUGUGAUGGGGAAGAACCUCAUCAUUCUCAACAAUGCCCAACUGGCAGUGGAAUUAUUGGAGAAACGAUCGGUCAUACAUUCGUCGCGACCGCAGCAGAAUUUUACUGACAUGUCGGGAUGGAAUAAUGUCCUCGGGGCGCUCAGAAACCCAGACCACACUAGACAGACUCGAAAACAUUUGUACCAGGAAAUCGGCUCUAAUAAAUCAGUAUCUCGCUUUAAUGAAAUACAGACAGCGGAGGUCAGUCGGUUUCUGUUGAGGGUGCUUGAAGAACCCGAUAAGCUGCAACAGCAUAUUAGAAAGUUAGGCCACCGCAUCACUGAAUUUCUGCAAUACAAGAUAGAGGCUGGAGCAAUAGUUUUGAAAAUUGGCUACGGUUAUACCAUUGAACCGCACAAGAGAGACCCUCUUGUUGAUCUCGCUGAUAAGGCUAUGGAAGACUUUUCCUUUGCUUUGCUUCCCGCAACAUGGGCAGUGGAUUUUAUUCCUAUAUGUGCGCUUUCCUUGACAAAAAUUCUGAAUUUGAGCCAAAUUUAA